UCUGGAAAGCAUACGUCACAGAUAUCACGAUGAGCAACGCUCUCUGUGAUAAUUUUGAUUGGCCAAUGAAACACGGAGUUCAACAUGGAGUACGUUGAUACAGUAAAGAACGACGACAAUAACAGUUGUUGCAACUCAUCCCCGUGUUCGGAGCUCGCCUCGAAUCCAAAGUCCACGGAAAAUUUGGAAACAGAUACAAAGGAACUUACAACAGAACAGGAAAACAACAUCAGCGAAUCACAGGAUACAACAGCGACUGCCUUGCAAGAACCGCCCACGGAGAAUAUAAAUUUUACAGUGAUUUACAACAAACAAAAGAUUAGCGUGAAUUUUGCUUUAGACGGUACAGUUGCCGAAUUAAAAACACAUUUGCAGAAAAUUAUCUCAGUACCACAGGCAAUGCAGAAAGUUAUGUUUAAGGGAUUAGCCAAAGAUGAUCAGACUCUUAGGAAUUUGGGAAUAACAAAAGGUGCCAAAGUCAUGAUAGUUGGAUCCAAGUUAGAUGAUGUAUUAGCUGUGUCAAUUCCAACAAAACAAGAUCUCAUUGAUGAAGCUGUUUCUUCGGUGAGCAAAGAACCUCUUUCACAACAGAAAGUGCAUAGGAAAGUCUUAGAUAAAGGUAUUCCAGAGGAUGUGAUGCCAGGAAUACUAGAUAGCAAGGAACCUUUGCCAGAAUUUCCAUUAGCUGGAAUGUUAAACAAAUCUGGAGGAAAAGUUAGACUAACAUUUAAAUUGGAGCAAGAUCAACUUUGGAUCGGCACAAAAGAAAGAACAGACAAAAUACCUAUGAAUUCAAUAAAAGGUGUUCACAGUGAACCUAUUCAUGAUCAUCCCGAGUAUCAUAUUAUGGCAAUACAAUUAGGCACUACGGAAGCGUCAAGAUACUGGAUAUAUUGGGUCCCUGCACAGUACAUAUCUGCUAUUAAAGAUGCUAUUCUUGGCAAGUGGUGUUACUUCUGAUUGAUUUGCUGGAAAUUUAAAUUUCUGUGAAAGCAAAACUAAACCAGGUGUAAACAUUGAUACAAACACUGCUGUUCCAUUGACACAAAAACUGUCAGCUAGUCACACACAUUUUUAACAGUAAGUAAUAUAAUUUAUUUUGAGUUGCAUUAUAUUCAUCGAGAAUACCCAAUAAACAUAGUCUAUCUCGCUAAGAAAAUAAUUUAGAUGACAGUAAGUCUUGAUUUAUUGGGAGAGAAGAUGUAAUCAUACUAUAUAUGCCAAUGUUUUAUAUUUUCAUAGCCAAGAUUUAAGUGUACUCUGAAUUUUCUACACAGCUGAAUGUAAGUUAGACAGUCUUUUACACGAGAACUGUGAUUAGUGGAACUUCCAUAAUAAUGUGUUGUGAUAAUAUUAUAUGCGUCUUUGAAUAUAUGAUUAAAUUCUUUGUUUUUAUUUUAUCAAAGUGUCGUAUCUAUAGAUUUUUUGAAAUCUGCAAAUUUUAUUCAAAAUUUGUAAAAAUAAAUAAUGAGUAUGUGUGUAUGUGUGUGUAUGUGAGAUUCUAUUGAUAAAACUUUCUUGAAAUAAAAAUGUUAUUUUGAUGUGGAUAUUAUGAUACAAAAGUUAUAAUUGGACUAAAAUAUUAAUUAGAGUAAAACAGAUAUUAAUUUUAUACUGAUAUAUUAUUUAUUCAAUAAGAGAUUUUCACAAAAUUCCAUUUUAUAGACCAGUUAACUCUUUUGCUACAAAGAGUGUGUAUUCUGUAUGUGUAUAUAUAUACAUAUACAUCUCCAAUAAGUGCGCGAUUAUUUUUCUGAACACAUACUCUCUACAAAAUUUAUAAGUAAAAUAAAAAGAAACGAUAUUUUUCUAUUAUUUGUGUUGAAAAGUUGCAUAGAAAUGUGAUCCAUUAGAUUUUUAUAGUGCUUUCUGUUAUGAGAAUGUUGUAGCAAAAGAGAUAAAAUCAUAAUACUACAUUUAUAAAUAAACUUUUAAUCAAUUAUUAUUUUUGCAACCUAUGAUUAAAUUCUUAUUGCUCAUUUAUUUUUAUAUAACUCGCUCAGUUUGUGUGUGUAUGUGCAUGUGUGUGUCAAAUAAUUUAAUAUGAUGAUAUUUGUAUAUACCUCUACACAAUUCAAAGACUGUAUGAGGUCUACUUUUGAUACAUGUUAAGCUUUAAUAAUUUUAUUUUUUUUAUCAUUUUUGCAACAAUAUAUAUAUAUAUAUAUACACACACAUUUUUUCUGAGUUUUGAAGAUUUUAUAUACAGGGUAAUAUAAAAGUCUUGGUAUAUACACAAGCGAAAUAAAGAUGAUUUUUCACACAAAUACAAGUUGAAAAUAUAGAACAAAAUUUUUUCAUAUAAAACUUUGUUUUCGAAAAAAUCUACUUAAUCUACUUAACUUAAAAUCUAUCGAAUACAUAAGCACUUGACUAACAACGAGAGUCAAUUCAACUGAUCUCAUGCACAAUUAUUUCUAUUCAUAUUUGUAAACAAUGUAAUAACUGUUAUAAUGUAAUAAUUGUUUAUAAAUAUGAAUAAAAAUAAUUGUAAUAUGAUCUAUUAUAAGCCGACUCUAGUUAUUCAAGUUAUUCAAGUGCAUACUUGAUGGAUUUUUUCAAAAUCGAAAACGAAGAUGUGCACAUAUUUUCUCAAAAAAGCGAAGCCUUAUAUACAAAAAUUUCAUUCUACAUUUAUGACUUUGCAUAGUGAAUUAUUUCCACUUUGCUUGUAUCACGAUUUUCGAUACACCCUGUAUAUACAGGGUGUAAUAGAAAAAUCUAUACAAAUUUUGAGGCUGAGUUCUGCAUACGAAAAUAAUAAAAAAAGAUUAUAUAACGAAGGGUCCUGAAAGGGUCUUUCUUUACAGAGAUAACAAUCAUUUAAAAAUCUGAAAUUGCAUAACUCUUUUAUCAUUAAUGCAAACAUAACAACAGUUUUAUUACUGUGUCUAAAAAUGCGAAUGUUGAAUAAUCCGAUUGACCAACUUUAAACGCUUUUCAUUUAAGAAUUAAUAUAAUUUCGAUAUUUUGAUAUUAGGAUUUUCAUCUCCAAAUGAUUUCAAUGAAUCUGCCAGAUAGUGCGGAUUUAGGACACCCUGUAUAUAUUUCUUUUUUUCAUAAUAUAAGCUAUAGCGCAUAUUAUUUCAUUAUCGAUCAAAGCAGUCCUCGUGAAUAAAAAAAAAUGGAUUAACAAAGUUUACAUCUCGUUUAUCAUAUUAAUUUUACAACAGAAUAACAACGAAUAUUUCACGUUUAUAAUAAAAUUUAAAAAUUCUAUUCAGAGACAGUUUAUGAUUGGCCUACUAGCAAAAAGUAACAAGUAUAAAAAAAAUAUCAGAUCGGAUCCAUUAUUAUGCCAUGAUCUGUGAAAACUAAAUAUGAAAAACUUACGUAUGUUCUUUAAUGUUGUGUAAGUUAGGUUUUAUAACCGUUUGUUUAAGAGAAUAAUUGCUCGAAAAUAAAAAUCAAAAUUUGCGGUAAUUCAUAUAUACAGUUAAUAACUGUCUAAGAAAGAUUUGCGUCGAAGAGAGAGAGAGAGAGAGAGAUUUAUUUCGGAAUAAGUCGAAGAUUUGAAUGGGACUUGUACAUUAUGUUGUGUGAUUUGAUAAAAUAAAUACUUCUGAGACUUUGUUUUUUAAUGGUUUUCCAUCUUUUUAAUCACAAUUCUAGACCCGACUAAAUGCAAAUAAUAAUAACAAUAACAGAAUAACUUUAAACCGCAUGUAUUAUCUUGUCGAUGCUACAUGAAGGAUCCAGGGGAAGAACGUACCAAGUCCAUUUUUUGUCUUUUCAGGCUAACACUAUUGAUGUUGUAGUUCUGAUAAAGUAGUUUUAGAUUAUUCCAAAAGGUAAAGAACCCGCUUAUUAGGUCGAAGAAAAAAGCAGUGAAAGAAUACGCGUACAAUGAAAGAACAUGUUUAGUCACACCAAUAUACAAGAGAAUUUUUGAUUUUUUAUAAUUAUACAUGUUAAGUUACUAAUAAAAUUGCAUAUCAAAUGAGUUAUAUUACUGUAAUUAAGAUUAUUUUAAGUGCUUCAGAACAAUAUAACAUUGUCAGGAUUUAUUUAAAGAAGUACGCAAACUUUAAAAAUGCUCUACUGUAAAAUUAGCAUAAAAUGACUUUGUACAUUCUUCUCCUUUACAUGAAAAACGUUUUUAAACGUGCACGUGUGUAUGCGUAUUGUAUGUGUGCGCGGGGGCACACACCACGCGCGUGCAAGCUAUUUUUCUACUAGAGAUGGAAGAACACAUCUGUUGAACACGCUACGCAGGAAACGUCUUGUUAAAGUACUUAGCUGCAGCUUCCAUUCGCAAAGCAGAUGUGAAUGUCGUUGGAAGGAGAGAUCCCCACCAACCGGGUGAUGAAAGUCUUCUGCUGUAUAAUCAAUAGAGCAGUUUUGCACCUCUCGCAGUCGCGCGUAUGUAGCUCAAGGUCGAGCAAAAUGUUGCGCUCAACUAUAUGAACUGUAUUAUAUCGUAUAUAUUACUUGACAGUGUUUUAUGAAUCACAUGAUCUCUGUCUUCGCAUAUAUGUAUAUAUAGAGUGUUCCUAAAGUGACUAUCUAUAUUUUGGUGAAAUUAGAGAUAUUUUAAAAAAAUGUUAUACGUUGGUAUUUUAUAAUGUAUGUGUGGUAUAUUCAUUAUUAAAUUCAUGUAUUUUAAAAGUUCAGUUGCUUGUGUGUUCCGCGAAACAGUCGAUCGCUUUGAGAUCUAUAGAGACAUUGAUGAUCGCCAUGUAGAAACUAAUUAAAUUAGAUUUAUAAAGUAUAUAUUUUUUAUGUUUUAAAAGUGUUUUUAUAAUUCCUAUUUUGUAAAAUAGAUGGUCACUUUAAAAACACCCUGUAUGUAUAUAUCACGACACAAUGAUUCUUAUAUAUAAAAACAGAGAUCAUGUGAUUCAUAAAUUAUCAAAUAAUAAUAUAUAUUUUAUUAUUAUUAUUAUUAUUAGAGUAGCGUUUUAUGAAUCACAUGAUCUGUCUUCGUGCAUAAAAAUCGCUGUGUCGUGACAAAUAACGCGGCAAAACAAUUAUUCGGAGAGAAACUUGAACUUAUAAUUUAGAUUCUUAUAAUUUAGUUCCAUAAUCUUCUGGUACAAUGUAAAUAGACAGUUCACGUCAAGUUCUAAAUAAAGCAAUGAUUCAUGUACAAUACAAAUAUACGUAUUUGCGCCCAGGAAGAAAUGAUAAGC